AUGAACAUGACAUUUGUAAGUGUUUUUUAGUUUAUUGGGCUUGUUGAUUUUAUUUUAUUUGUAAAUUUUUGACUGUUUGCGUGAUUUUUUUAAAAUUGAUGUUACAGUACACAUUAGUAUGGAUUUCAAUGCAUAUUUCUUACAAUUUUCCAUAUUAUGCUUCGUUAUUUCUCGCACCAGAACAAUAUCUGGACAUUUUCACAUGGAGCUUGUCUUUUUUGGAAUUUUCGAUAAAUUAUUGUGGCAUGGUCACACUGUGUGGAACAGCCUUUUUGGCAUUGAACAGAUUGAGCUCAAUUACCAGAGGCGUAAAACAUUCUGUGGUACGUUAUCUUUCAUUAGAGAAUUACACAAUAUAUCCCUCGGCUUUUAAAAUACACCUACAUAGGAUGAAAGAGCAUAAAAAGUUGCGGAGAAAAGUGUUUUUAAAAACUGCUAAAUGGCCUUGGCUAACGAGUUACAGAACGCUCAAUAUUCUUAUAUGUUUAAACCUUGUAAAGCAUUUUGUUGUUUUGCUUCUUGUUUGCCUUUCUUUGUGUUUGUGGUGUUUGUACCUGUAAGUUAUUGCUUCUAAGUUGAAAACUUUCUUGUUAGUUUAGUUAGUUAACCAGAACUUAUGGUUAGUAUUAGUGAAACGUCAGGUUCCUUUUUAAACUUUACAGUUCAAGUCUAAGAAGUUGUGAACGCCAGGUGUUACAAAAUUCCGUUUUUUCAACCAAAAAAUGUGAAUUUCUUUCUAUUUUGAUACCUAAACAUAUGCUUUGUUUGCAAAUCUUAUUCUUACGGUAUACUGUUUUAGUGGUGGGCGGAUCACGUCAAAAUUAUUUACGCGGUAUGCUUGAUACUGCCUUUGUUAGCACAUUAUGGGUUCUUGUUCACCAAAUCUUCCUAUAUUCUGGAUACAAAUGACUUUGUUACUGUAUACAGCGAGGACAUGAAGGUAAUAGUAGAGUCGAUGAUAUGGAUACAUCCUCGGGUUCUUACUCCCAUCAUUGACCUGACCUUUCUGGUGGUAUGUUUUGUAUUGAAUGUGUGUACGGCAUUGGCAUUGAGGUGGAGAUGGGAGAGUGCGACAAAGGAAAAGCAGUGGAGUACAAUGACAAUAUUAUGUGUUGCUGACAUGGUGUCACACUUAUUGUGGGCUGGAUACGAUGUAAGUUUUAUUUUUUUAUUAUCGUGGUAUGCCAUACCAUGUUUUAGAUAAUGGGCUACGUCUCUAUGAAUCACAAGUCGGUAGAAGCCUGGACCUUUACUAUAUACCCAUUUAUCGACGACCUGGACCCAUUUGUCGCUGGAUGGGUGUUGAUCUACUGUAACAGACAGAUUCGUGCCACAAUGUUUCGAACUUCUAGUCAUGUUACCGAGAGUGUGUCUCAUAAGCCUAUUAUUCUCGUAGUCAGAAGGGCAGCGACAUAG